GAUACCGAAAGUAUCCUGAGCUUUGCGAUCACCAACAACGUCCUCGAACUCGACGGCAUCCUCGGUGACAUUGCCGCUCGGCAUGAGGCCACCAAAGGCGUCCUCCUCCUGCGGGCCAGAGACUCGGAGGGCCGCAACGCAGUCCACUACGCCGCGAUCGGCCACGCCAACGACACGCUCGAGUAUCUCCUCGACCCCGAACUCUUCCCCGGCCAGCCACACCUCCACUUGGCGCUCUUCUACCUCAAGAACAAUAACGGCGAAAACACAGCCCUCUACGCCAUCCGACAGCGCUGCCCGCCCGCGUUCCUCGACCGGAUCCUCACCCUCACCGGCCGAGACCUCCUCCGCGAGACCAACAACGACGGGCUCGGGCCCCUCCACUGCGCUGCCGCCUACGACGCAGGCGAGCUCCUCAGGCAUCUCGUCGCGCACCACCACCUCGACCCCAACGGCCGCCUCGGCACGUCCCCGCGCGCCAGCCCCCUGCAGAGCAGCGUCUUCCUCCCCGAGGAGGGCGACACGCCGCUGCACCUCGCGGCGCGCUACAACGCGGCGUCCGCCUUCGAGGCGCUGUACGGCGACCUCCGCGCCGACUCGCUCGUGCGCAACCGCGCGGGCGACACGCCGUUCCACGUCGCGGCCAAGGUCGACGCCAAGGCCGUGCUC